UUUUGGCGAACAAAAGAUGUUAUUUCAAGAAGAAGAAGACAUUUGAUUACAUUCUCAGAAGUUAUUUAACGAUAUUGACAGCAGACGACCAAAGAUGUCUGUCAUUAUCCGUCUGCAGGGACUGCCAUGGUCGGCUAGUGCCAUGGAUAUCAGGAAGUUCUUUAAGGGAAUGAGCAUUCCACCUGGGGGUGUUCACAUCAUUGGCGGGGAGCUUGGUGAUGCCUUCAUAGCCUUUUCUAGUGAUGAAGAUGCCCGACAAGCAAUGAUGCUGAACAUGCAGUAUCUAGACCAGGAUCAAAUCAAGCUGUUUCUUAGUAGUAAAACAGAAAUGCAGAGUGUGAUAGCUGCAGCCAAAACAUCUAGCGUGGCUGCUGUGCCACAGAGUCAGCCACAGAUAGCAGCACAGCCGCCAUCACACCCCAGCAUGCCAGUAAACCUCCAGGGAUAUCCAGCAGAACAGCAACAGGCAGCUUAUCCAAAAGGGGGGCCAACCAUGACCCAAGAUCCUUCUCGGGGGCAACAAUUCCCCAAUCAUCCAUAUGAAGGCCAUCAAUAUCCACAGUAUCCAGAAGAGCAAGCAAAUGCAGACAUGAACAGGUUUCCUCAGACACCAUAUGAGCAAGCUAGAGGACAGCAUCAGGCAGCAUAUCCAGACCAAGCAAGGGGUCAGCAGCCAACUGCUCCUUUUGAACAAGGCAGAGGCCCUGACCAAAUCCUCAGGGGAAACACUGCACACCCAGGCUCCUUUAACCAAGCAAGAGGUCUUGAGCAAGCAAGAGCCCCGAAUCAAGCACCCUUUGAUCCAGCAAGAGGCCCACAUCAAGCACCCUUUGAUCAGACAAGGGAUGAGCAACGGCCUCCCUUUGAUCAAGGAAGGGGAAUGCCUUUUGCUCAUGGAAAAGGACUAAAUCAAGCCCCUGUUGAAGGAAGGGGACCACCGGUGUCUUCUUUUGAACCUGGUAGAGAAGGAAGAAUUCCAUCUCAGCCUCAGUUUGAAACAGGUCGUGGUAUUCCACCUACUGGCUUUGGCCGUGGCCAAGAAGGAAGAGAUAUGUUUAUAUCUGGGCAUGAUGGCAAGGGCCCUCCACCUAUGUAUGAACCAGGAAGAGAUGGAAGAUUUGAUCAUGAAAGGGAUAUAAGGCCACCAGUGGACCAAAGACGUGGUGCAGCAACAGGAAGAGAGAUGCCAUUAGCUGGAUUUCAACAAGGCCGAGGGCCGCCACCUCUAUUUGAACCAGGCAGGGAGACAAGGGUUAAUCCACCAGCUGGAUUUGAGCAAAGAUCUGGUCCUUUUGGUCAAGGUAGUGAUGCAAGACUUCAACCUCAAUCUGCUCCAUUUGGUCGAGGAGAGGAGAGGCCACCACUUGAGUCAGGCAGAGACUCCAGGGAAAGUGGUAGAGACUCCAGACCUUCAGCAGCAAGCAUGCCACAGAAAUCUGACAGAUCUGAUCGAACAGAUAAACCUGAUGAGAGACGCAUUAGUGAGAGAAGUGAUCGUCGUGAUUCUCCACGAGGUCCUUCAAGUAGGUUUGAUAGGGAUCGAGAUCGUGAUAGGGACAGGGAUCGCGAUCGGGAUAGAGACAGGGACCGUUACAGAGAUAGAGACAGGGAUCGGGAAAGAGACCGUGAAAGAAGUGACAGACGAGACAGGGACAGAGAUAGAGAUCGGGAGAGGGAUCGGGAUCGAGAUCGUGAUAGGGAUCGGGAUCGGGAUCGAGAUAGGGAUCGGGAUCGAGAUCGAAGUAGAGAUCGGGAUCGAGACCGAUCUCGUGACUGGUCACGGUCAUCAGACAAUAGAAGAUCACAAUCAAGGACCAGUGAUAGUGAGAAAUCAAAGCCAUCACCUUUGACUUCAGUCAAAUCAAAAACUACUGCUCUAUCUACUGCAACCAACACUAAACCUGCUAAUACCAGUAAUGCUCCAAGUGGUCUGUCCACUGCACCCACCACAGUAACUGCGAGUGCUAACAAAAUUAUGGCUGCUUUGCCAAAUCUGAAGGACAUACAAUUGCCACCAGGUUUGAAAAAUAUCAAAUUACCUCCUGGUCUAAAAGAUAUUAAUCUUACGUCUGUGAUGACUUCUUCUGCAAGUCUCCCUAUAGCAGCUAAUCUCCCAGACAAAUCUGAGGCUGUGAUUAAAGACAAAGAGGCUAGCUUCACCAGCCAGCAGCCAGGAAAUUUAUCUGGCAUGAACAAUGCAGUGCCACAGAAAGGGGGGCUACCUCAUCCUCUGAUUUCUCCAGGACAUCUACCACCACAAAACCAAUUCAGAGAUCAGGGACUGCAUGGUCCCUCACCUCAUCGAGACCAAGGACCCCCAUUUAGAGACCAGGGACCACAUGGUCCUUCACCUCAUCGUGAUCAAGGGCCUCCUUUCAGAAAUCAAGGACUCCAUGGUCCCUCUCCACAUCGAGACCAAGGACCUAUAUUCAAUGAGGCCGAUCCACCCCAAUUUGGAGACCAGGGACUUCCAUUUAGGGAUGGAGGGCCUCCACCGUUUAGAGGGGAUCAGGGAACUCAUCAAUUCAGAAAUCAAGGACCCUCUCAUUUUGGAGAUCAUGGGCCAUCUCAUGGAGACCAGGGACCUCCACAGUUUGAAGACCAAGGCCCACCUAACAGAGAUCAAGGACCUCCAUUUAGAGAAGGUGGACCACCAUUUAGAGACAGAGGACCUCCAUUUAGAGAGGGAAGAGGACCUCCAUUUAGAGAAGGGGGGCCGCCUACAUUUAGAGAAGGAGGACCUCCAUUUAGAGAGGCAGGCCCACCUCCAUUUAGACAAGGUGGCCCUCCAUUUAGAGAGGGUGGCCCUCCACACAGAAAGCAGGGACCCCAUCCAGGACCACCAUUCAGAGAUCAAGGACCCCCCCAAUUUCCUGAAGAGGAGGGAUAUGGCGAUGAUGAGGGCAUAUUUGGUCCAGGUGAUGGAGAUAUGUACCAUGGUGACCGUCUUCACAGACCAUCUUCUGAUAGACGACCAGAGAGGUCAUCACAGGGUCUGCUUCCCAUUCCUGAUAUGCCCCCUCUUUCAGCACAUAGGGCCCCUGGAGGUCCAGCUGGUGGACCAGAUGGGUCUGAAAACCACUUCGGUCCUCCAUUUGGUGGACGGCCUCCUCGUGAUGGACCAGCAUAUGAUCCAAAUUAUCAAGAGGACCAUCUUUCCAAUGAACCAUUUGAUGAAGGAAUACAACAAAAUAUGGAAUAUGAGGAGCCUGCUGGCCGACGGCCAGGUAUGCCCCCCAUACCAAAUGGGCCACCAAUGAGACCUCCUCCUGGGGGCCCUCAUGGACCUCCAAGGAAGCGUAUGGGGCCACCAAUGGAUCCAGAGGGUGGUAGAGAUUAUCAUGAAUUUCCUUCAGAAGGGAAUCAAGGUGAUUUUGAUGAACGACCACCACCAUUUCCUCAUGGCCCUCGAGGACCAAGACCUCUGCGUCCAAGAUUUGGACCACCAAGAGAUUCUGAUCAUCGGUCCAACUUUGAGAGAGAUGGACCCCCUCACAGAAGAAAACUUGAUUGUGAUAUGGGUGAUGAUUAUUCUUCAGAAGAUAGAAAUUUCAGAGAAGACAUUGGUCCAAGUGAUGCAGACCAUCGACCACCAAGAGGACCACCUCCUAGAUUUCAUAAUGGUCCUCCACAUGGGCGAGAUUUCGGAGGAAGAGAUAGACCAUAUGGACCUAGAGAUGGUUCAAGGGAUGACCGAAAUUGGGGUCGCAGUCAUGAUUUUGGACGUUCAGAUAAUUCACGUGAAUCAGAACGGUAUCCAGCAGGUAGAGGGAGGGAUUCGAGAGAUUUUCGAGAUGAAAUUCCACGAGAUAGGGCUGAUAGUGAACGUAAAAGGGAUUCUAAGGGAAUAUUAGGUGAGGCUCCACCAGGCAUGAAACCAUUUUCAAGAUCAUAUGAUGAAAAUCGUUCAUCUAGUAGCAAUAGACAAGGGGAGGACUCUCGCCAUGGUGAUUCACGCCACAGUGAUUCGCGAUAUGGAGAUUCUCGACACAGUGAUUCUCGACACAGUGAUUCAAGGCCAUUAAGUGAAAAUAAAGACAGUGACAUGAGGGGACAGAAACGUUCUUACACGCCCACAUCGGCCUUCGUCCUCAGUGUGUCAAACAUGCCAUUAUCUGUUAAUUUCCGUGAUGUCCGACAUUUUUUCAUCGGUUGUGAGAUACCUUGGGAUGGCAUGAAGCUCAUUAACGAUAAUGAAGGAAAUCGAAUUGGAAAAGCAUUCAUUCGAUUCGAUACAAGAGACAAUUACAGACAGGCCCUGAUUGCACAUGGUAAAUUCAUGAAUGGCAAAAAGGUGGAUGUGCGCCCUUGUUCUCUGGAAGAAUGGACCAAGGCUAUCGACUCAUAUGUUCCAAAUAGAAGUGGUGCAUCACCUGAACCACAAUCCUCUUCGACAGAUUCAUCUAAACGACCUCGUAUAGAGGAAAUUAACAAAAAGCCAGAGAGAACAGAUUCAAAGCCAAGCUCGGAUAAAAAGACAUCAGCCUCUGACGGUAAAACAUCAAGUUCAGAGAAAAAUAUGGUCACUACUGAGAAAAAAUCUGAUGUAAGUGAAAAGAAAGGAGUGAGCGAGGAAAUAAAAACAGGGAGUACCGACAAGAAAGCGACAGAUUCUGAGAAAAAACCAUCUAGUAUUGUGCAGCUGAAGGGGUUAGGGAUGAAUGUCAUAAAGGAAGAUGUCCGUAAUUUCUUUGAUGAAUUAAAAGUGUCUGAUGGUGCCAUGACUAUACACAUUGAGUAUGACAUCAAAGGCAGGGCAACUGGAAUAGGGUUUGUAGAGUUCACAGAUGCAUCAGAUCUGGAAAAAGCUCUCAAACUUGAUGGGAGAAAGUUGAGCCAGCGAAUUGUACGUGUAUGUGUAGCCAAGCAAAGUGAACUUGAUCAAAUGACUCAAAGACAGCAAGAUCAACUAGCUAAGUCUGUGGAGAUGAAUUCCGGGGAUGCGCCAAGUGCGGUUGGGAAAGCUGUCAACAAGCCGCCAAAUAGUGAUACUACUAAUGGCAAGAAGGAUGAGAUGGUGAAAGAUAAAGAUGGCACAUAUGCAUUGUUUCAUUUUUAUUGUGCUCACAUGCAGGGUCUUCCUCCCUACGCUGGCAUUCAGGAUAUACAGCAGUUUUUCACAGGACUUGAGAUUGUACCACGUGGAGUUCAGUUUGUCAAGGACUCCAGUGGCAAAUCUUUAGGGGAGGCUUUUAUUGAAUUUGUCACCAAGGGUGAUUGUGAAAAAGCAGUGAAGAAAACAAACGGGAAAAUGAGCAACAAUACUAUCACAGUGAAAGGCAUUUCCAAGUCUGACAUGAAUGAUUACCUGCAACAGACUCGCACACCAAUGUCUCGGCAAGGCAUGACGCCAAGAUCAUCACUGCCCCCAAUAAUGUCAGGUCAACCUCCACCUCAUGGACCACCCUCACUCGUUCCUCACUCACAUGGCCCACCCCCUCAUGGCCCACCCUCCCAUGGCCCACCACCUCAUGGAAGGCGACCAGCAUUCUUCUUGAGAGCUCAGAAUCUUCCCUUUACUAUGUCAAUACGUGAAGUUCACAGUUUUUUCCAAGAUUACGACCCGAUCUAUGAAACAAUCAAAGUGCAAAUUGGAAAUGACAGUAAGACGGGAGGAACAUCUGCUGUUAUUGGCUUUCGAACACCAGAUGAGCGGGAUAAUGCCUUAAGCAAUCUCCAUCAAAAGGUCUACCGCAAUAAAACUAUUAUGUUGCUGCCAGCAUGAACCAUAGAGGUUAGUCUGGCACUCUCUUCAAUGUAACCUUCAUGUAGGAGCACAAACAAACAGCCAACAUUGCUACAACCUUAGAUGCUCUGAAGUGUGGUCCCCAGCUGUGACCUUAAACAUUAGAAGUGUAGUUUAACCCUGGAGAUGAUUUGGAUUUGGGGUUAACAUAACUAACUUCUGGAUCGGAAAGCUGCUGAAGACAAUAUUCUAACUUUCACUUCUCAUCAAGAUAGACAUGGUUUGAUAUUGAAUACAUGCUUGAGAGAAAAGUCACAGCUCAAAGCUCUGCAGCUGCUUUAGACAAUGGUCUGCAGUACUGUGACCUUGUAUAAAGGUUGUCGUACUAGGUGCUGCCAAAGGUCCGCAAUGCAACCUUGAAACCAUAAUCAGGAAUUAAAGUGAAUUAAUGACAAAUUGUGCUCUUUAGUAUCAGAGCUGCUGAGAAUGACUGUAGUGACAGUGCUGGACCUAGAGGUGUUAUGUGAUUUCACUAGGACACUGAUGAUUCAACUACAUGUAAUCCCUAUCUCAGACAUGUGUUUUUCCAUGUGACUUGGUUCUAGUAUAAAAUAACAGAGGUAUCCAUAGUUGGUACUGAUGGAAACAUGAAAGCAAAUACUUAGAAUGUCAUAACCAUGUGUCAUUUAAAGUUGGUGAACAAAAAAUAUCAACAGAUGAAAAUUUUUAUCUGUUAAAGCAACACAGUUGUAGAUAAGGUGUAAUGUAAAUAAAUGUCAGUUGAUUUUGUCUCUCAACCAUCAUUUUCAUAGAGAGAUUUAAUUCAUUCUAGGUGUUUAUAUAAAUUAUAGAAUAAGUCUGUGAAUUGUUACCUUUUAAAAUUUCUGUAUGCAUCUUUUUAUAGACCUUUAAUAUUAAAAACUUGGGAAUGAAAAAAAUGUUUAAUGACAAAUAUCUGCUGGUGCAGUCCAUCAAGAUUAUUCCCAGAAAAAGACCACAAUUUAGAAGUCCCAAGAUUUACAAAAUCACUUACUGCAAAAACCUAUGUUUUUGUGGGGCUCAAUUUUUGGUGGUUUUCAAAAAUUUGCUAUUUUGUGGAUAAAUAUAGCUCAAUAAAGCAACAUAUGUUUAUUUCAACAGUUUGAGGACAUCCAUAUAUUAAGUGUUCACCCAUAAAAUCAACCAAUUUUUUUAUUUUGUAGUAUUUUGUUUUUGACUAAAAAAACUUUAAAUUAGGAUAUCUAGAUCAGAUGUGACUUGGUUAUCAAGACUCAGAACUGAAAUAGAGUGGACAGAUAGCUUGGUAUUGAAGUCAGUAUUGUAUAGUUAAGGUAGUGUUGUUUAUGAAUUCAUAUUCAAGCUAAAACAUUCUACCCAACUAGGUGCUGUUAUUUAUUUGGUCAAAAUUCUAUAUCAAAAUAAAAAGAUUUAAUUUAUCAGAUUUCAAUUUCAAAAUAUCAACCUGGUAAAUCUGUGACUAUAUUUGAUCGAAUGCUAUUGGUAUUAUCUGCAAGAAAUAUGCCCUAACUUCAGUAAAAGUAAAAUUUUAUUCGCAAAGUACCUUGUUAAACUUGUUUCUUGAACACUUUGUGCACUAAAAUCAUCAAAUUUCAAACGAAAUGUUAUAAGAUAGUUGUUUGAACAGUUUUAUGUACUGGUGUUAAGUGAACAAUUUUGAGUCAUGGUGUUUGAAACUACCACAGAAAUUGCUAUUUUGAGAUGUUCUUCAUAUUUGAUGAGAUUGAAGUUAAAUCCUGUGAUAACAUUACCAUCUUGUACACUGAUGUACUUUUCAGUCCAAAUAUGCUUCAAGCCAAUCAUUUGCCUGAUGAAGGUGACAUGUACAGCAUAAAUAUCAAAACAUCACACAAAUAUUCUAAGUGGUUGUGUUGUAUAUUUUUUUCAUUUUGAAAAAAAGCUGAUAAAAUUGCAUUUGCUAUUUACAGUAAAAUCAUUCAUUGUUAUGGAGGUUUAUUUCAUUGAUAAUGUAUGUACUAUAAUGCCAGAAAUUCAUCCACCCAACACUGUUGAAAUUAUGUUAAGUAGAUUUAUUGAGACACAAAAUCUAAAUUUCAUGAAUUUGGUUUUUUUUUUUUUUUUUUUUUAAAAACCAUGAAAAUUGAGCCUCACACAAAAUGUAAUUUUUCACUGGUGUAUUUUACAGCAUUCUAUAUUUAUAUCUAGGUCCUAAUAUUCUCCAUCUGCUAUAAGCAGCUAGCCUACUUAUCACAUUCUUUGGCCACUUUAAGGACAAGAGAGCCUGCCAGAGCUGCAAUUAACAUUAAAACUGUAGUUUAUCAUGACCAGAUAUGACUCGCAAAAUAUAUAAGUGCUAAAGGUAUUCCUCACUCAUCAAAUUUCUUACUUUUUAAAAAUUUUUUACACUUCUUUCUUCCAUUUAGUGUUAGAAGUUUUUCAAUAAAUAUCUAUAAAGACCUCACAGUAUUGACACAAAAUAAAAACUGAAAGUAAAAAAUUAACUUUCUACAAACAUCAUCAGUUGCUGAGAGAAGUAUUUUGGGUUUAAAGAAUUUGUCAUAAAAGGUAAUUUUCUUGAAUACUUCAUUAAGACAUACUUUAUAACCAGGUUUGUGGGGCUCAAUUUUCAUGUUUUUUCAAAAUAAUCACUUUCGUGGGGAUUCGAUUUCAUGAUAAUAUAAAUCAACAUCUCUCCUUUACAUGAAUUCAUGGACCACAAAAUCAAUGAAAAUAAUCCCCCAUGAAAAUUACAGUAGUCCUGUGAAACUUUAUUUUGCCAUGAAUAAUGUUUUUAAGCCUUCUGUAUGCAGUAUUACGAAGUUUUAAGAUGGCGAUUCAAACACAGGAAGCUACUGUCAUUGUUCAGUCAGAUUUCUGAAGGAAGUACUGAAAGUUCAAAUUUUGACUCAAAGACAUUUUAUAUAAUCUUGAGGCAAGCUUCAAAACAUAACGAUGAAACGGUCCCUCAUCUUGUGUAUUCAAGUGUGUAGAAGAAUCCUCGGCUUGUGGAUGUUAUAUCCCUGUGUUUUUACUUUGUAUAUGACACAACUUGUCCCAGUGUUAAUUUCAUUACAGUAAUAUUCUAUCAUGUAUGACCAUGUUCAGUGUGAUUAUAAAACGUCAAACAAAA